UUCCACAUCUGGAGGCUGAAAUCUGAAUAUUUGAACAUUUUCUUUACUUUUGAGUACAAAGAAGAACAUCUCAGGCCCGGUUUCACAGACAAGGCUUAUAUCAAGUCAGGAGUAGGCCAAAGUCAGACUAGUAAAGCUAGGUCAUUUAAGUGGCUUGCAUGAACAUGGCUUACAUUUGUCUUAGUUUGUCCCAGACUGUGGAGUCCUGGAGUAAGCUUAAGCGAGAACACCUGCAUCAAGCCUCAUUAGCCUAAGUGGGAGCACAGCCUGUUAGCCUAUUGGCGCUCAUAAAACCUGGAAUGGAAUUGAGGACAGCUUUGCUGGAGGGAAUUCUGACACCAAACAUGGCUGAAGGUAAAAGAAAACGCUCAAAGAACUAUACUGAAUAUGAAGAAACUCUACUUAAACAGAUUGUGGGAACUCAUGCUGUUAUUGAACGUAAAGGCCAUAGUGCUGCUACUGAACAAAGGAAGAGGAGUGCUUGGGCUGCCAUUUGUAGUGAAUUCAAUGCAAAUGAAAAUGUAACCACAAGAGCGGUACAGCAACUGCAGGUGAGACAUGUUGAUUAUGACCUGUAUAUCACAGAUCUCAUAUAGUUUUGUGACAUUGUUUAUAUUGAAUGAUAUCUGCCUUCAUAGACUCUGUGGAAGAACAUCAAAUUAGAUUUGAAAAAAAAAACUGCAGUGGCCAGAAGAGAGAGAUUUACUACUGGUGGUGGACCCCCACCUACUAAAGACAAGACUGAUGAACUGGCUGACUUGUUGACUGGGAUAAUAGAGGACCAGCAACCUCUGGAUGGUAUACCAGAUGAUGACCAUUUGGACAGUGGACAUGAAGAACUGAGCACAAAUGAGGAAAUCAUUUUAACCCUGGUGGAAGAGCCAGUGCACAGUGACUGUGCACCCUCCACAUCUGGUACGGCAUCCCAGAGAAAAGGAUUUAUGAGUUCUCCUUCCGGUUCGUGUCGAAUCUGCUGCCCGGGUUCGGUUAAAGUAAAUCCGGCUGCUGUGAUGUAAACUGACCAGUCUGUGUGUGACCGCGGAGCUCCGGUGCGUGUUCUACCUGAACAGGACGUCGGCUAUGUUGGCGCUGCGGUGCAUUCUGGGAGACCUGCGAGGACGAGGACGACUCCUGAGGACGUUUGUUUCAUCGUCGUCUCUGAGCCCGGCGGUCCGUCUGACCCGGCGGGAUGUCGGUCCUCAGCAGGUCCGGUUCACGUCUCAGGGUCGGGAAUCGGCGUCGGCGGCUAAACUGAAGCUUCGGACUCGGCUGCUCGUCACGCUGCUUGGGCGGCGCAUCGUGGCCGUCUGGUGGUACGUGAGCUGGGAAAAGCAGCAGAAGUUGCGGCGGCAGCGUGUGGAGCAGCUGCGACAGGUGGCGCUGGGCCAGGGCACCUUCAGCCUGCUGGACCACCACGGCCGGCGCCGGACCAAGCAGGACUUCCUAGGCAGCUGGGUUCUGCUGUACUUCGGCUUCACCCACUGCCCCGACAUCUGCCCCGACGAGCUGGACAAGCUGAGCGCUGUGGUGGCGUCUCUGGACCGGGACAAGUCUCUGCCGCUCCAGCCGCUCUUCAUCACCGUGGACCCGGAGCGGGACGACGUGGCGGCGCUGGCCCGGUACGUCCAGGACUUCCACCCCGGGUUGAUCGGACUGACGGGGACACCGGAGGAGGUGAAACAUGCAGGGCGGGACUACAGAGUGUACGCCAGCGCCGGGCCCAAGGAUGAGGACGGAGACUACAUCGUGGAUCACACGAUUCUGAUCUACCUGAUCAGUCCGGACGGGCUCUUUGUGGACUAUUACAACCGCAUGAAGAACCAGGAGCAGAUCGCAGAGAGCGUCAGAGACCGCAUCAACAGCUACAUCAAGAUCUGACACCGGAGAACCACGGGAACAUCAGCAGCUAGAACAGGAUCCAAACAAACGAAUUUAUAUCAUGAUGCCACCACCGUGCUUCAUCAUGAUGAUGCGUUUGGGAUCCACUAAACAAACUUUCAUUAAACUUUCACAGUUUCAAACUGGUUCAAAUGUAACUAAGAAAACUAUAUUUCUUAAAAUGGAUACUUUCCUGUUUCUGUACAAGCUCAUGUCUGUUCAGAGAACAUCAGGACCUACAACCAGAGACCUCAAUAUUGUCUUCAGCUCUGAGUUUGUGGACAAAACUGUUGCCGUUUAAAGAGAUUUAAAGUGUCUUAAGUCUUUUUGAGCAGAAAUGUUAAAAUGAAUCUGUCAGUUUCAGUGUAAAGGAGUUCAGAUGUACAGUUGGUUGAAGAAGGUGACAGAGCUGCAGCUCUGGAGGUCUUUUCUGAACAGCAGAACAUCAGAGUGCCUGAGAGGAACCGAAGAAAUGACGGCAAAAAUGUCCUCAUGAUUACUGAGAUGUAAAAUCUAGUCAGAAAAU